AUGGCCAUUGGUUCAGAUCCCCUUAAAGGGCUUCCCGAUGACUACGUCAUCAAAUCUCAAGCUUUCACCAAGGAGCUCUACCAGGACGUUUAUCCCGCCAUCGAUCCCUCAAACGCCGCCCUGUCGCAGGACGGCAAGAUUGUGAUUGUCACCGGCGCCAGCAAAGGGAUCGGGAGAAAGGGAUUUGUACGAUCGUUUGCAACGGCGGAAGCGAGAGCAAUUGUCCUUGUUGCCCGCAGCUUCAAGCAGCUGCAGGAAGCAGCCGAAGAACUGUCAAAGGAGUUUCCAAAGACCCAGUUCCUGCCUAUCGCGUGCGACGUCAAGGAUGAAACGUCCGUCAAGGCGGUAUUUGACAAGAUCCUGGAAGUUUUCGGAACUGCGGAUGUUUUGGUGAACAAUGCGGGCACGACGAACGAGGGCAAGCCCUUGAGGUCUGCAUCAAUGGCCAACGUUUGGAAUGGCAUAUCAAUCAAGGAGGUCAACCUAAAGGGCCCUCUCCUCAUGGUGCACGAAUUCCUGAACCUGGUGGGCACCACCAAGCCGGCCACCGUCAUCAAUGUCACGUCCGCCGUGGGCUUCGUCGUGAUUCCCGGAAAGGCCAGCUACAGCCUGUCGAAGCUGGCGCUGACGCAUCUGUCGGGAUACAUUGCCGCCGAGAACCCCAACGUCCGAGCCAUCAGUCUUCAUCCUGGGACAAUCCUGACGGACAUCACCUCCGAGUGGCUGGUGCGAUUUUCCAAGGACACGCCGGAGCUGGCGGGCGGGAUGGCGGUUUGGCUGACGACGAAGGAGGCGGCGUUUCUGAAUGGGAGUUUAGAUCACUUUUGGGACUUUUUCGAGGCCCAAUCCGCCAUCUUCGACCCCAGGCAUCAAUAUGAAGAACCUCUUCACCGUCGUGAUAGCGGGCUCUCAGUAUCUGCUGCAUCCGCAGAAGCUGUUAAUCCUUUUCAGGGCACAAUCGAGGAGACCAUCAAUCCCGACGCGCUUAUUCCCAUCACUCUCCUCACCACAAGGGAAAUCAACAGCGAUCUAGACGGCAUCCUCGAUCUAUUUGCUACCGUGGACGACGUCUUCCAGCCAGACUUCGGCAGCGUCCUGGUAGAGAAGCCUGAGAAGGAGCAGCACGCCAUCGGCCUCAACCGGCAUCUGGACUCCCUCGGCAGAUCGGUCCUUACUUUGCGGUCAACAGGUGCGGAAGACGAAGCUCGGGCUGCUGCGUUUGAAGACUUACCUUCGGGGCCGUAUUUCUUGCAUGGGCCAAAUCUUUACCAGGCGUGGAGACUGUAUGACGAUGUACUGGAUGCGUUUACCUUUGGAGUUAUUCCCAACAGCAUCAACGGUUCUGACGAUGGGUUUGAAGCGCUUUCGGCUCUCUCCGACAAUGGCUCACACAAGUCCAUUGCCGUGCCGUCACGACUUUAUCACCCCGCGCCGUCUAUUCGCAAGCCUUUGUCUGGAGUCCGCAUUUCCAUCACGGAUGCCAUAUCGCUGAAAGGCGUCCAGACGACCAUGUCGAGUCGAGCUUGGACUCAGCUGUACGGCGCUGAGGAGUCGGAGACGGCAGAGUUUGCGCAGAGACUCAUCGACAUGGGCGCCAUUAUUGUGGGCAAGACAAAGUCGUCGCAGCUAGACUCUGGCAGGGAAUGGGUGGAUGCAGAGGCUCCGUGGAAUCCGAGAGGCGACGGGUAUCAAGAAUCUGGCGGAAGCGCAGCUGGAGCUGGAGCGAGUCAGCAGAUGCUUUUGAGGGAGCUCGUGAGCAAGGGCGUCGGCAUGGUGUUUACUCCAUCAGAGCCUCGCCCAGCGCUGCAUCUCAGUCAGGAUGGACAACUGAUUCGGAGAAUUAUGCUGCGCAUGGCCCAAGUCACUAUUAACACGUCCAGCGACGACGUGCCCUUUCCCAAGCGCAUCAUCUACCUUUUGGAUUAUGCUCCUCCUUCUGAAGAUGAUCAGUCUCUUGAUCACAAGUUUGUCGCCGUGCUGGAGAAAUUCCUCGGAAUCAAGGCUGACAGGGUGCGCUUAUCGGAGACUUGGGAUGCCAACCCGCCCAACAACACGAAGCAGAGUCUCGAAGAGUAUAUGAAGGAGGCGCCCUUUAGCUCAUUCUGCUACGACUUCUAUCACCAGUAUGGAGAUUUUCGUAAUCACUACAAAGACAAGUUUGGUCGGCAGCCGUAUAUUGAGGCAACGCCCCGGUUUCGAUGGGGCAUCGGCGAGAGUGAGACCAAGCAAGACCACGACCACGACCGCCUGCGGAUUGAAGGCUUUAGACGAUGGUUUAACGAGAGCAUCAUGCCGAUAGUUGGAGACUCGGAAACCAUCGUCAUUGUACCCUUUGGGCCCCAGACUACAGUGCAUUAUCGCGAUGACCUGCCACCACCACCCAGCGUCAUCGAAGGCCUCAAGCCCGAAGCACUCGCUCCUCUUUUAGGCCUGCCGCAUCUCGUUGUCCCCUUCGCACAGACUCGCUACUAUUCACGGGUCACCGACCGGGGCGAGGACCGGCCGUUUAGCGGCUCCAUCAUCGGGCCUCGCGGAAGCGAUAUGAUGCUUCUUCAGCUGGUCAAGGCGGCGUUUGCACGAGCGGAAUGGCGGUCGUCGGUUGCUGCUGGGCGCUUGGCGUUUCCGCAGGGUUACGAGCCCGAGUGA